AUGAGUGGUUAUUUGAAGGUGCUGUCUCCGGACGGUAGAUGGGAGACAUGUUACAUUGAGAUCGAUGACGCCAAGCUGCGCAUUUGGAGGACAAAGGGGGACAAGGAAUCCAGUGCGGCAGUGGUGAAGGAGCUGGACCUCAAGUGCGCCACCCUGCGCGAGGUAUCAGAGCCCAACACUUGGGCGGUGCAGCCGGAAAAAGCAGAGUCUACGUACUUCCAAGCAGAUGGAGAGGAACGAAAAACUGAGUGGAUGGACACGCUGCGGCACUAUAACUCGGGCAGCACCGGGUCCGAGAAGGUGACACUUAGGGACUUUGAAAAGAAAUUCGUGCUAGGCAAAGGCUCCUAUGGAAAGGUAUUCAUGGUAGUAAAGAAGGACACGGACAAGUGGUACGCUAUGAAGGAGAUGAGCGCGGAGAAGAUGCGGCAGGCGGAGAUAAAGGCACCGUUUGCAGAGCGCAUUAUUUUGGAGGAGAUCGACCAUCCUUUUAUCGUUCACCUUCACUACUCGUUCCAAGAGCAAGGCAACUUGUACAUGAUCCUCGACCUACUAGCAGGCGGCGAGCUCUUCACCUACAUUGAGCAACACGCCCCACUCGAUGAAGAGGUCGUCAAGUUUUACGCGGCCGAAGUCGCCCUGGCGCUCGGGUAUCUGCACAGCCGCAACAUUAUUUAUCGCGACUUGAAGCCGGAGAACGUCGUCUUUGACCGUGAUGGGCACGCCUGUCUGACCGACUUUGGGCUCGCCAAGGCGAACGUGCACGAGCCGAACGCUGUCACGUACUGUGGAACGAACGAGUACCUGGCCCCAGAGUUGCUGAAGGGUGUGCCGCACGGCAAGGCGGUGGACUGGUGGUCCCUAGGGCUCAUGAUGUGUGAGAUGCUUUUCAACGACCUCCCCUUUUACGACGAAAAUCCGAUGCAAAUGCAGAUGAAGAUUUUGACGGAGGACGUUGCCUUCCCACCCCACAUUCAGAUCACUGAGGAGACAAAGGACUUGAUUCGGUGCCUGCUGAACAAGAACCCCGAGCGGCGCCUGCAAACAUUGGAGGCGUUCAAGGCACAUAAGUGCUUUUCAAACCUCGAUUUUGGUCUUCUAGAGGCGCGCAAGCUCAAGGCUCCGAUAACGCCUGAUCCAAACCCGGCCCACAACUUCGCGAAAGAGUUUACAAGCGAGGUGAUUGUGCAAAAUGAGUCACCGUCGGAGGCGGUCGUCACGUUGGCCGGCUACACCUACGAUAGAGACUUGUCAGAGCAGGAAAAGUCUCCCUCCCACUCUCCCACAAUAGCAGAGGAGCUGCGGCAACGUAGAGCAUCGAAGAAAAGCUUCACCAACGGCAGUGACGCCGCCUCUUCUCCCGUGACAGGUGAAAAUGGGACGUUGAGCUCCAGCCCAGCUGGGGCACCGACGAAGCAAGCUGCCGCCGUCCCCGUGAAGAAAGUGGAGCACCACAUUCCCUCCAAGGUGACCCCACAAGCCGUGCGGAAAAAGCUGACGGGGAACAAGAGCUUCGACAAACCCACGAAGUAG